AUGUCGUCGUACAUUGACAAGCCACGUUUCCAUAAACCAGCUCAUCCAUCGCGCGUGAAGCCAGCCCCGGCCGAUCCUACGCUGGAGCCGAUCGCGAAGACGCGCUUGGCGCUCUACACGUCGCCCCAUGUGCCUGCCGAUGCGCCGCAUUUGCAGUCGCAUGCACAGGCAGGUAUCGAUAUGCAAAAGGCAGCCGCCACGGACGAGGCGGAGCGGCAGCGGCAGCAAAACGAGCAGCUGGCUAUGCUGGCCAAGGCCAAGACGGAGCUUCGGAAGGAGCUGCCAUACGUCGGUGUGCGGUGUGCGGCCACCGUAUGCAGCACACUAGCGCGACACCCGGAUGUACAUGAACAUGUGUUCCGUUCAAAAAAGUCCAAGCAUAUUUGUGCGGAUCCACAGGGCGAUCCAACGAUGCGUGUCCUCCAACUAGGCGUCGCGGAGAACGACAUACCAGAGGCCCUCGCAGACGCUGUGCGAGCUGUCGACGGUGUGAUCAUCCCGCACCCUGUGGUCUUCGAUUGGGACUACUGGUCUGUGGAUCAGGUGCUUCGAGCGUUGCUUCCUGAAGCACUGGAAGAAGGCGCGCCGUCGGCCUUCUCUAUGGUCGGCCACAUUGCACACGUCAACUUACGCGAAGAGUAUUUGGCGUAUCGCUACUUGAUUGGCCAGGUCAUCCUGGAAAAAACGCCGCGUGUCGAGACAGUGGUCAACAAGCUCGAUACUAUCGAGACCGAGUUUCGUGUGUUUGCCAUGGAAUUGCUCGCGGGUGAGCCCAAGUACGAGGCGGAGGUGUCGGAAUCCGGCUGCCUGUUUACCUUGGAUUUCCGCCAUGUGUACUGGAACAGUCGUUUGCACACCGAGCAUGGCCGGCUGAUCGAGCAGUUCAAGCCGUUCCAAGUCCUUGCUGAUGUCAUGGCCGGCGUCGGUCCCUUUGCUGUGCCUGCCGCGAAGAAGGGAUGCUGGGUCCUGGCUAAUGACUUGAAUCCGGCGUGCUACAACAGCUUGGUCUACAAUGCGCAGCGCAACAAAGUGGAAGCACACUGCCGCGCCUCGUGCGAGGACGGACGGGCAUUCAUCCGGCACAGUGUGAUCCAGGCAUGGGAUGCUGCUUUCCCUGCGGAAGAUCCGUCGUUGAUCAGCGGACGUCAAAAACGGCGUCAACGUCGCGAGCAGCAGCAGCAGCAGCAGCAGCAGCAGUCACAGCCUGCAGCGCCAGCGCCAGCGGCACCAGCACAGCCGGCUGGUCGUCCACGCCGUCUGGUGGACCACUUUACCAUGAAUUUGCCCGCUACGGCGCUAGAGUUCCUGGAUGCCUACCGUGGACUGUAUUCGCAUUUGGCUGCGCAUGCAGGUCGCGAGGCUCUGCAGGCCGAAUUGGAGGCACGGGCCACGAUGGAAGAGGUCGAACCAUACCCUAUGGUCCAUGUACACUGCUUUACCAAAGAUGUCGAGCAUGCCGGUACGGAUAUUUGUGCGCGUGCUAGUGCUGCUUUAGGUCUCGAAGGGGAGGCAUGUUUGCAGCCACCGGGCACGCCCAACGCCACACGCGACUUGUCGUUGCAUCUCGUGCGAUCGGUGGCGCCCAACAAAGACAUGUACUGCCUGAGUUUCCGACUUCCGCCUUCAGUCCUAUUCAGCUAA